AUGGAAGUAACUGUGCAAGAGGAUACAGGCAAGAUUUUCAAAAUUUCUAACUUGCAAGAAAAGGCUGCCAUAUUUGAUUUGAGACGCAGAAUACAGCAGGAGAAGGGAUAUAGGCUUGAUCAGCAAAUCCUCAAAAUCGGCCAGCAUUUUCUGUCUGAUAUGAUGAACAUAUGCUAAUUGCCUACAGAUGAAUCAUUUAGAUCACCCGAAAUAGCUGUUAACUUUGAGGACAAAUAACGGAUAAUAGUCUUGAGGAUGUGCAAGCGAAAGUUCCUCCUGAAUUUGAGGAUACAAGACCCCAAUAACAAAUUCUCAGAGAUAUCAAUGGAACUUUACAGUUCAUGCACUGUCCACAGUCUGAAGCAAAUCGUCACCGACAUGACGAAAAUUAAAAUCUCAGAGCAGGUAAUCUCAAACAGGAAGGAUAUUCUAGCAGAUGACAAAUACAUAUUCCACUACGUACCUUUGACUCCCUAUUUGCAAGAGGAAAACAAGAUUACUGACAAUAACAUUGAUAAUUUUAACACUGGUAUAAUUGAAGAGGAGCUUAUGUAAUUGAAUGGAGACAAUUAAAAAUAGCCUGGCACCAAUGUAGUGACGAGCGGAAACGGUGGCGCUUUACCCAAAUUUGAACUUAGCUUAGUGGUGAAGAAGUUUAAUCCUUUGAAUAAUAGGAUAUCAGUUGGAUUAGAUUUUACUUUUAAUUCUCUGAGAAAUGUGAAAAGGGUUAAUUGGCAAGAAAAUGCACCUUGGUUUAGGGAAUCUUAGGACGGCCUUAACUGGCUUUGCUAUUGCAAAAACUCUAAAUGUGCUGCUCAUCAUUAACUAGUUGUGGUGCCGAGAGGCUUCUCGCUUUUUAAAUUAAGUAAAGAAUUAAGGGAUAAUAUCGUGUGCCCAGUCUGUAAACAAAAAGAUUUUGAUUUAAGGAAUGUUGGAUUCGUGAACUGUGAAUGGGCUCUGAAGGGUAAACUCUACAACAAAGAUGAUUCAAGGGUAUUUGCAGAGGGAAAGACCUAUGAUGGUAAGCUAUAUACCUUUAAGGAAACCAACUAUGGCAAGGCUUUUGAGAGUCUUGAAAUAAUGGUAAAAAGAGUUAAAGAGGCUAUGAUUGUAAAUGACAGUCACGUCUAUUCCGAGUCCAGCUGCAGAACUGGAUCCAAUUAAUCAGACGUUUAGAAAAAUCCAACUCUCGAAAAAUUGCAGCAGAAGUAAUUGAAAAUUUAAGGAGAGACGAAUUUGUAGAUAGUACUAGAUGAAAAGAAAAAAGGCUAACAAUUUACAACAGUGCAAGCUAAGAAAUUCAGAAGUAUCCAGCAGCCAAAUUAGCCCAAAGAAAAUAAUCCUCAGUCGAAUUGGAAAAAUUUUGCCAAGUGCAAUGCCUGCUGUGCUGAUGACAUGAAUUAAAACCUAGAUGAUCAAAAAAAGACCUAGGAUGAUAAAAAUAAUUAAUAAUCUUAGAUUGUUGAAAAUGGAGAGGAAUAGAAAAAAUGUGUUAUAUUCUGA